UUGUCAUUUACUAGAACAGAAAACUCAGGGCUAGGGCCACUUCCUGUUAGGUAAAAGACUAACACAGUAGAAGCAAUCAAAACAGAAAGGCUAAAAACUGUCGUACAACACUUACAGGCCAAGCAACAGUAAGGUACAGCAUCCAAAGAAACUGUCAUUUCAAGGAAUGUAAUGGAAAUGAGCAGGACCAUCUCUCUUUUGUUCUUGGCCUCACAUGUAUCCUCCACAGGGGCCUUGUCUGCGUCUGACCCAACGUAUUGCUAUAUUUUUGAUGUUUUUCUGCUGCUGUAUUCUAUUAUUUUUACUGCUCUCUACUUCAGAGAGAAGUUUACAAGGGAAGGGCCUGUUCCUCCAGAUCCUGCAUCCUCAGCCCGUAACCCCAAUGAGCCUGUCUAUACAGACUUGGAUCUGCCUCAGAUGAGUUCCGAUUAUCAGCAACUGGAUAGACCGAUAAGAAGACGAGAGCCAGAGACACACUAUCAGGAAUUGAGAGCUCAUACAAGUGAUGAAUACCAGGAAAUAAGAACCAAAGGAACCAAACCUCGCAAAGCCAAGAGCAAAUCUAAUGAGGGUCGAACAGGGAGAAACAGGGAUGCAGCCGAGGCUGUGGAGAUGGACACUUUUCCCACUGAUUACAAUUAGCACACAGCACUAGCUUGGGAGCAACCUGUAUAUCUGCCAAUUAACAGAUAAAUUGUGUAUCUUUGUUGAAUGCAUUUAUAUGUCUUUGUUUGUAUGUGUUACUUUGCCUAACCUGUAUUUUGUAGUCUUGCAUAUACUACAAUUAUAUGGUUUGGUGUCAAAAACUAUAAAAAAUACUACUAUUUAUCAAGGAUGCAUGAAUUUGAUUAAGUGUCAGUAAAGACAUGUUUAUGAUGCUGUUCUUUUGAACUGUCUAUACAAAGAAUCCAGAAAAAGUUUAUGGUUUUUAUAAAAAAAAUAUUAAGAAGUACAACUGCUUCAAACAUAAAUGCUUUUUGGCCACCAAAUCAACAUAGAAUGAAUUCUGAAGAAUCAUGUGACACUGAAUUCUGGAGUAAUGAUCGUUGUAAAUUCAGCUUUGCAAUAACAGGACUAAACAAACAUGUUUAAAUAUACUAAAAUAGACAUUUUAAA